AUGUCCUCUAUACGUACAUCCUCGCGCCGACUGUUCGACACAUUACGUUGUCCGACAUGUUCCCUUCGACCCAUCCCCACUCCACGACUAUCGUUCCCUAGCCCAUCGUCAAGAUCUGACUCCCGAUCGAUAUCCACUUCGCCAAUACGGUUCGACACCAACUUCAAACCUCCGCCCAAACCACGUACGACAGGUGAGAUCUCAGGAUUGGAGAGUAGACGAUUGAACUACGAGCAGGCUAGACAGGCCUUGGAGCUGAGUAGGAAGGAGAUAUAUAAAGAGAGGGCAAAGAAAUAUAAAUCGGCGGUUAUAUAUAGUAUGGGUGUGAUUGUCAUUUCACUCGGAGUGACCUACGCAGCAGUCCCACUUUAUCGAGCCUUCUGUUCAGCUACCGGAUUCGGUGGAACACCCAUGACUGACCCUACUCGAUUUACCCCCGAUCGACUAUAUGCCACACCUGAAACUCAAGGUAGGAAGAGGAUAACGGUCCGAUUCGAAGCUACUUCUGCAGAUACCCUACCAUGGAAGUUCGAACCUGUCACUCGAUCUGUCAAGGUUUUACCGGGAGAGACGGCUUUGGCUUUUUAUACGGCGAAGAAUUGGGGGAAAGAUGAUUUGAUUGGGAUUGCUACGUAUAACAUGACCCCGGAGAAGAUCGCACCAUAUUUCGCCAAAGUAGAAUGUUUCUGUUUCGAAGAGCAGAAGAUAAGAGCAGGUGAAGAAGUGGAUUUACCGGUCUUCUUCUUUAUCGACCGUGAUAUUAUGGAUGAUCCCGCUCUGGAUGGUAUAGAUGAUGUGGUGUUGAGUUAUACUUUUUUCAAAGCCCGACGUAAUGCCAGAGGACACCUCGUGCCAGAUGCCACGGAAGAAGAGAUCCAGAAAUCCCAGGGAUUCGAAAAUUACGAAUUGGCAAAGAAAGAACAUAAACUGUAUCCUCCUCCUUCUCCUUUAACCACUACAAAUCCAGCAUAA